AUUGGCUGGAGCAGUUGCUUGCGACUUCAUGGCGGAUUCUUGUGAUUCUGGAAGUGGGAUGAUGACUUCUGUUUCAUUUACCGAUAAAUACAGUUGAAUUUUAUUUGAGUUUCAUGUGAAGAAAUUCAGAAAUGGCCACUUUAGUCCUGGAUAACGGAGCCUACACGGCGAAAAUAGGAUACAGCCAAGAGAGAGUGAGCGUCAUCCCCAACUGUCAGUUUCGCUCCAAGACGUCCAGAUUAAAAACCUUCACUGCCAACCAGCUGGAUGAGAUCAAAGAUCCUUCCGGUCUCUUCUACAUCCUCCCCUUCCAGAAGGGUUACCUGGUCAACUGGGACGUCCAGAGGAAAGUGUGGGAUCAUCUGUUUGGGAAGGAGAUGUUUAAGGUCGAGUUCGCAGACACCAGCGUCGUCAUCACAGAGCCCUACUUCAACUUCACCUCCAUCCAGGAGUCCAUGAACGAGAUCCUGUUUGAAGAGUACCAGUUCCAGUCGGCCCUCAGGAUCAACGCCGGUUCUCUCAGCGCUCAUCACUACUUCCACUCCAAACCCUCGGAGCUCUGCUGCCUAGUGGUGGACACCGGAUUCUCCUUCACCCACAUCGCCCCCUACUGCCGCAGCAAGAAACUGAAGGAGGGCAUCCGCAGGAUCAAUGUAGGAGGGAAACUACUGACCAACCACCUGAAGGAGAUCAUCUCGUAUCGCCAGUUACACGUCAUGGAUGAAACUCAUGUGAUCAACCAGGUGAAGGAAGACGUCUGCUACGUCUCGCAGCAGUUUUACAAAGACAUGGAGAUCGCACAGAUGAAGGGAGAGGAGAACACUGUGAUGAGGGAUUAUGUUCUCCCAGAUUUCAGCGCCAUCAAAAAAGGCUUCUGCAAGCCACGAGAGGAGAUGGUCUUUAAUGGGAAAUACAAGACAGGAGAGCAGAUCCUGAGGUUGGUCAACGAGCGCUUCGCCGUCCCUGAGAUGCUCUUCCACCCGUCGGACAUCGGCAUCCAGGAGAUGGGCAUCCAUGAGUCCAUCGUCCACUCCAUCCAGUCGCUGCCAGAAGAGAUGCAGCCUCACUUCUACCAGAACAUUGUCCUGACUGGAGGCAACACGUUGUUUCCAGGCUUCAGAGAGCGACUGGAGGCAGAGCUCAGGGCGCUCGUCCCUGCACAUCUGCCCGUGUCCGUCCUUCUGCCUCCAAAUCCAGUAACUUAUUCAUGGGAAGGAGGGAAGCUGCUGGCUCACAACCCAGACUACGAUGAGAUGGUGGUGACGCGGGAGGACUAUGAGGAGAACGGACACUGCAUCUGUGAAGAAAAGUUUGAUAUUUGACUCAAAUGAAAUUCCUCAUGGACGUGUUUAUAUCUCAGCUCUGAUGGCGUCAUCUCACUGGAACAGAGCUCAGAUCCAACCAGACUAUCCUGUGGAUGGACCAGUCUUUCAUGAAGCUUUGUCUCCUGCUAUUACUUUUUGUGUUCAGUGUCUGAUGGUGCGAAGCAACAUGUUCAGUUCUGGAGCUCAGCAGAUCAAACAUGUUUUUAUUUGUUUUGUUUUGUUUUUAUGACGUAAUAGAAAUAAAAUAUUUCCUUGUA